AACCAGGUCAAGGAAGUGCAGCAGAAAAACUAUUCGCCAAUUUUUUGUUAUUUUUAUGAAAUGCUAUUAAGUGUAUUGUUUCUUUAUUAUUUAGUUGAAAUAGGAGUGAGAUAAUGUAGCGCGGACACCGUAAUGAUUGGAGGUAGUGAGAGUGGUUGUUAUAGGACAGAAGAAAACUAGGUGGUGUGACAGCUAAGGAAUACCGCAUAGAAGAUUUUAGCUCAAAAAUGGAUACAGCUUUGCAGAUAAUUAAAUAUUUAUAGAUGCCGUUGGUGAUAUCCAAUUGUGUGAUAAACUGCAGACGCAAGUAUCCGUGACCUUUUACACAGAUAACUGGUCCAACAGUUGUUCAAAUAAACACUAUGGAUGGAAGUUUUAUAACUCCUGGAAAAACAAAACAAAGUACAGAAAAACAGAUAACGAAAACACUAUUUAGACACAACUUCCUUUGAAGGGAUCAAUUUAAACAUAGAAUUUUUAUUUAUAAACAUAUUCCAAUUUCCUCUUUGAUUGAAUUAAAAUUAAUAUAUUGAAGAGACAGUUUCAGGUUGUGAUUUCAUAAUAUAAAUACACAACUGAUGCAAACAAGGGAAAUAAAAACAAUAAAUUCUAGUAGCAAGCAUAUCAUCUUUGUAGCUAAAUUGACAGGCUGUAUAUUGAUAACCUGUGCUGAAAAGUUGCCGCCAAAAAUGGAUUCCAAAUUCAAAUGUCAUUAGAUUUUCUUAUUACAACCUAAAAUGGUUACUUAAUGUUAAAUUAAUAAAAAGAAGACAAUAUGGUGUUUAUUUGACUGAAUCGCAAUAAGGGUGGGGUUGGGCGUUACGCCCUAAGGCCGUGGUGACACUCGGCAGUGAUGAAGAAACAAAAUGUUCGCACUCUAUCAUUGAUUGUGUGCACGUUUACAUAUUUACUGGUCGGUGCCGCUGUAUUUGACGCGCUAGAGUCCACUACUGAGAGGAACAGAUUUGAAGUUUUGCAAGCUAUCGAAGGCAUGAUCAUCAGGAAGUACAAUAUAACAGAGGAAGACUUCCGUGUGAUGGAGACAGUAGUCCUCAAGUCGGAGCCACAUAAGGCUGGACAGCAGUGGAAGUUCACCGGAGCAUUCUACUAUGCAACUACUGUACUUACUACCAUUGGCUAUGGGCACUCAACGCCAGCUACGAUCGGUGGCAAGUUGUUCACAAUGUUCUACGCUAUAGUUGGCAUACCGCUGGGCCUCAUCAUGUUCCAGAGUAUUGGUGAAAGGGUUAAUAGACUUAGUAGCGUUAUAAUAAGAUCAAUAAAGAGUGCAUUGAACUGCAAGCAGACGAAUGCAUCAGAAGUGGACCUGAUAUGUGUCGUGACCACACUGUCCUCGCUCACUAUAGCUGGUGGCGCGGCUGCCUUCUCCAAGUUUGAGGGAUGGAGCUACUUCGACAGUGUCUACUAUUGUUUUAUUACUUUAACUACCAUUGGUUUCGGAGACAUGGUAGCCCUGCAGAAGGACAACGCGUUGAAUAAGAAGCCAUCGUACGUGAUGUUUGCCCUGAUCUUCAUAUUGUUCGGGCUGGCCAUAGUGGCUGCCUGCCUCAACUUGCUCGUGCUUCGGUUCGUCACCAUGAACACUGAGGAUGAGAAGAGAGAUCAGGCCCAGGCUGAACAGGCGCAGCAAGUAGCAGUGAGACUGGAAGGAGACGUGAUCACGGCGGACGGCGCCGUGCUGAGGGGAGUGUCGCGCGGCACACGCCUACCCGCUGACCCCAGGCAGAUUACUGCCGGAGAUACCUCGCUAGUGCCGCUGUAUGUAGACGAAGAGUACGCGCCCAGCGUCUGCAGUUGUUCCUGUAAUUGCUUCGGACCAAACAAAUCAAUACCAUAUCGCGACCCGCUGUCGCCGGUACCACCAACCAACAUCAGACAAAUCAAAUCGAAGAACUACCGCGAGCUCGGUAGCAUACCGCGCUACAUCGAGAAAUCAUCAUCUAAGAACCGGUCGCAGUCUCUACGACUAAACUCAGCCUCUGGCUACUUAUACAUGAACGCAAAGACCAACGACUUCCAACUAGAACCUGAGGACUUCAGAGAAAUGGUCACCAAGAGACGGGAACAGCUCCGGAGAGGCAUGAUGAUGUAUGAAAUGAGGUGUAACAACAACGAACAGUACCUACACCCCUACAGACAUAGUCUUAGCACUCGGCUGGAGACCAGCCCUCACAGUUCCUCGCUCUACUCCAUGAACAUGAGGUCGGAAAACCGCAGCAACGACCCAUUAGUAGACGACUAUGACUCUGAAAAAUCGAGCUACGCGAAAAAGAAACUCAUGAAGAACAUAGCUAGGAACACUAGUAACAAACGAGUAGAGAAUUACUUCUACGACGAUGCUGUACUGCAUUUCGAUGACGAAUACGCCUUCGACGGCUCAAUACUCUUCGCAAAGAGGAGAAAAUCUAUAGACAGGAACUGGGAGGACUAUACAUGUGAAAUGCCGCGAACCCACGGACCGGAUCAAGUGUCGAACGACGGUAGCUACGGGUACUACCUGCCCGACGACGAGGAGCAGGACCAGUACUUCGUGAACGAUACCCUCACGUUCCAACUGCCCCCCCAUCGGGCCAGCAUAUAGUGAAGUGUUGUGAUGUGCCAACAAGACUAGUGCCAAGGUAGGUUAGUGUUAGUCUACUAAAUAAAUGGGCCAAUUAAGUAAAUAAACGAUUAAUUAAUAGUAAUUUUACAAUUUUCGCGGUAGCAUCCGAGUUUGACAGUUUUAGCUUUUACACAUAGUCUAUAGAUGUCGCGUUUUUUAUUAUAAUUCUAUGAUAUGAGCUUGGCUUCCUGUAGAUAUUGUAAUAUAGUAAUAUAGGCUUGUCGUGCGGAGCGCUUGGGCGUUUUAUUGUGCACUACGUCGGUGUAUCGUAUUUGGGAAUAUUGUACUGAGAAUUCUGAGCUCAGGAUUGAGGUAGCAUAUUUGAAAUAUUUGUAGAAUUUCCUAUGUCAUAAGAAUAGGACAGAGUUUCUCAACAUGCUUAUGUAGUGAACCCGCAAAAUCCAAGUCACAUUUCUUUUAUUUUUUUGCGAACCCAUGUUGAGAAACACUGUACUAAAAUACAUAAUAUAAUGUUCAUUCCCUUGUCAGUAUAAUAAAACAAGACUGCAAUAGAGAUGAAUGUUUGAAUAACUGACCAAUCACGUAACUUUGGUAAAUGAUGUAAGUGAUAAAUUAAUCAGUAUUAUAAACUAUUAGAUAAUUAUACCUUUGGCAUGUAUGAAUGUCGGACAAUGUCAAAAUUUUACCUCUACAUAGCGUAUUUCAUUUAUAUAAAAUGUAGGUGUUUUAAACCGAUAAAGCUUAGUUAGACUACAGGUGUAAUGAGGCCUCCCCCAUUACUUAAACUUAGUAUUUAAGACUCAAAAACAUCUAUCCUGUGGUCUAACGAUCUUAAUCGGUCUAUUUUAAAAGACAUGGCAAUGAAAAGCCGACGUAGUGCAAGCGAAAUUAAAGUUUAUUUUCCUUUUCGGAGUGUAUUAGAAGUGAAACUGUUGCGAGAUACAAUACAAUGAAAAUUAUCGAGCUUAUUGAUACAAACUCGCUACAGUACCGGCGCAAGUACUAAUGAGGCUGUAAAAUGUCCUAUUUUGGGAAGAAAAUUACUGUAAAUUGGCACUAUGUAGCUUGUGGCUGCCGGAAGAAAACUGUUGAAAGUAAAUCCUACGCUAAGUGCAGCGGUUAACGUGUCAAAGUUCAUGUUAAAGACAUUUUUAACACAGGUCAACUGUUAUCUGCCCUCCAAAAAGAUGAACUAUAAUAUAUCAUCACAAUCAUCUUACUUAACUACUAUUCAAAGAAGUUACUCGACAAGUUUCAAGUGUCGACAAGAGCAGCAUCCGCUAACUUUUACGCAAUAAAGCUUACAAAAAUAGACCGCAUUCCUUAUUAUAAGGCUUGUAACGCACCUGUGACUCCUCUAGUGUCCAUGGGUGGCGCUGAUUGCUUACCAUCAGGUGACACGUUUGCUU